AUGCUCAAGGAGCAUGACAAUGGAGUUAUUGAAUUUUCUAAAUAUCCCGAACGGCCAUCACACACUCAUAUCGACAUAUCUCCCAAUGCCUUCCUCAACCGGCAGAUGGUUCUUCGCGCCAAAUCUUACGCGGAAAGCUCCGAUGAUGGAUCCGAUACUCAAGUGCGUCUCCGAUUCUCAGCUUGGGUCAAUAAGCGAGCCGAUAUCUCAUACCCUCGAAUUUAUUAUGUCAUCUGCAGCACACACCAAGACACUGCAUUUGGACCUGGAAUUGCCCGAGAAGUGCCCGAGGACGUUCUAUCCCGCUGCGAUACGUUAAGUCUCGAUGGAGUUUUUUGUUUUCCUUGGGCAAGCAGAGCCUACCAUAGGCUGACCGAGUUUCGCCUAAUUUGGAAACAAGACCACCGGGAUAACUCGAUUCUUGAAUCUGAAUUCGUCGCCAUUCUGAAGGCCAGUCCUCAGCUGCGUAUCCUGGAGUAUGACCUUUGGCCAAGCGCCCCCUUUUCCAAAUCCGCCCCAGUUCACCCUGUUGCUCUGCACGAGCUUGAAACCUUUGCGGUUGGAAUGCACGACGAAGCAAUGAUAGGAAAAUUCCUUCGUUGGAUUGCACCGGGCCCAAAACCACUUAAUAUGUUGAUGACUUGGCUCGAUGAUGCACGCGCAGGUAGCCUAAAGCCUUACACGAUUAGCGAGCUAAAGGCCUUCUUCGGGCCCUCUAAUGUGGGAACGUUAUCCGUAACAGGAUUUGAGGGGUGUGAUCAAGUUUCGGAUUUGCUCAAGUUCGCACCCAGGGUUUUCGAAUUGGCUAUUGAAUCCACAAAUUGGGAUCAUAUGGAUAUACGCGUAUUGCGGGAUCCGGGCGCUUGGUUAAUAGAUUUCUGGUUAAAGACACUCUACAGAAAACUCAUAUGUUGGCGCUAUGCACCAAUUACCUCGAGCUCGAAUUUGGAUCUCAGGACUCAUGGCCCCUACGAUGGACUGGCUGAGGCUUGUUCCGUAGUCAAGACUAUGGAUAAUUCUGAUCCCAGGCCAGUUCCAGGUUGGAGUUGA